AUAUAUAAUAUAUAUAUAUAUAUGUGUGUGUGUCAGAUAUAGUAUAUAUAUACUUACAUACACAUACAUACAUAUGCCAAAUAUGAAAAUAUGUUAUUAUUAUACAUAAGAUUUCUAUAUGCAGCCAUUUAUGUACAUUCAAGUAAUUAGUAUUACUUUGAAUAUUCUCAUUGAUCUUGGUGUCCCUUUUAUUCUGUGAUAUAAUUUAUUCCUUCGUCCAACUAUUAACGUGAAGAAAUAGCAGAAAAUCAUGCAUAACUCAUUGCAUACGUGGUUUCUCAAUAUUAAUAUGCCUCGGUAUGGCGAAUAUUUUAUGGGAGUCAUGAAAAUAGUUAUGAGGGCAAAUACCGAUGUGAUCUCGAGAAUAUCACGUCGUUUUUAUUCUCUGCUUUUACCAGUCUAUAAAUCCAUCAAAUAAAGAUAGUUCAUAUCUUUCUGCACGGCGUUGUAGAAUACUUUAAAUUUUCAAACAGAGAAAUCAUUCAUAAAAAUAUAAAUACUAUAAAAGAAAGUAAACACAGAAGAGAUAAAAACUUAAUGAACAUCGAUUAUUAUUCUUACUUUUUUCGAAACAUGAAUGAUUUUUUUUUUAUACAAAAAUAUCAAGAAAAUAUAAAUUUUGAAAAAAAAAAGAAAAUGAUUUGACAGAAUUCAUUAGUAAUUUCUGAAGAAUAAUCAUUUCUAAAAGCAGAACGAUAAAGGCUCAACAACUUCUCGUAUCGUUUUGGCCAUAAUAUAAUUCUUUAUCAUUAACAAGUAAACGCCAUAAAUCUUGGUAUGUUUCUAAAAUGACAUUAUUCGUGUGCGAGAUAUCAAAGUAAACUCAGAUCCUGUUUUAUACCAUCAUUUUUCAACAUCGUUCCUACUCCCUAGAGAAAAGAAUAUAGAGUAUAUUACUUGAAUUCUUACGCUUUUCUUUCAAGGUCAAGUGGUAGAAGCUCUUCGGAAAAUUGCAAACGUGACGAAAUGCUUUGAAGGACUUCACGGAAGAAAAAGGAUCGUAUUCACCAUUGAAGUUCUUAAUAUCGUCGUCGAAGAGGAAAAAGCUCUCUCUCUCUCUUACACACACACACACAUUAUUUCACUUUCUCUUUUUUUAUAAAAUUUAUUCUUCCAAAACUGAAGUUCAUUUUCGAAUUCUUAUCGAACGGAUCGUCUGACAUAAUAUCCGUCCAUAUCCCUCUACCAUUUAUCGUCAGCUGAUUGUGUUCAAUUUACGAAUCCUUCCAGCUUUUCUUCUUAAUGUAAUCUUCUAGUAAAACCUUCCUAGGAGAAAACUUUUCUCCUCUUCUUCCACGUGAAUUUCUACGGACACAUGAGACAUUACUGUUUUUCUUCUUAAAACAAAGCUUUUUCACGAGAGAAACAAGUGUAUUUUAUUGAAUGAGAAAAAGAGAGAGAGAAAGAAAGAGACGAACGAAUACGAAGAUAAAUUUUGAAAAGAAACAUUUAAAAAUUUCGAGUAAGAACAAGAUUUUCUAAAUCUACUUAAUCAACUUCUAUUCGAUGGACGACAAAAAUGAAAAAAUCUGCCGAUAACAAAUAAUAGGAGAAAAUUUUGCAUCAACGACGAUAUUGAGUUAUAUACUAAUAAGAAUAAAUGAAAGUCCAUCGGAAGUUGAUAUGAUAUAAAAAGAAGAAUCCAUUAAGAACGUCCUAUUUGGUUUAUACUCUACGAGCAAGAAGAAAAAUUAUCGUUGUUGAUGUAAGCCAAGACGAAAGGAAGAAUAAUAUUCUUUGGUUUCUUCGAUCGCUUAGAUUAUUAUAGUUAUCGAUCAUUCUCGUUGAAUAAAUGUCAUUAAUCUUCUUGAUAUCUUUUAGGCUCUAAAAUAUUUUUUCUUUUUUCUUUUGUUGCAAAUUUUUCCAAAUAAAAAUUACGUUUAUAUACAAAAGUUAUGAUGAUGUUCUAUCUCAUAUAGGCAGGAAAAAAGCUUUAUUUUCGUGAAAAUCGAUCAUUAAAAAAGAAAAUCCUUAGAAAUUUUUAAUAUCUUUUUGAAGUUAAUAACGGAGAUAAAAUGUAAAAAAAGAAAAGGUGAAAGUGAAUAAUUCAAUUAGGUUCAUCUUUCCAAAAGUAACAUUAAUCUAUGGGAACAAUACUGAUGGAGCAAACUCGACGAAUCGAGACGAGAACAGCUGGCUAUUAAAGGGUACUCGUGCAUGAAACAAAAGUGAAGAAGAAAGAGAAAAAGGGUGGCCUGUUUUGGCUUAUAAUCAGAGGAUCGAUAUAGUAACUCACCAGAUCGUAUUUAAUAUCAUCGACAUGGAACUAAUGAAAACAGAUUUGCAUUUUUAAAAAAAAAUUAAAGAAGAAUUCAAAAGUGCAAAUGUGAUUUUUAUGUUUUUGUGUGCCCCAUUAAAAAUAAAUCAAGAGAAUUCUUGUAAAUUUUUUUUCUUUUUUAAAGAAGUGAGAAUACUAUGAAUGAAUUUCGAUCAAUAAGAGGACCAUAAUAAUUAAUUAUUAUUUUCUUUCGUUAUUCAUGAUGUUAGCCAAAGAUUUUCGUUACAUCGAUCUGCACGAUUUAAAAUCAUGGCGUCGAUUAGUGAAUCCGUCGUUGAAACUGUGUAAUAAAUAAUAAACUGAUAAAAUCCAAAAUAUAAUGUCUUGUGUUAUAACUAUCACAAGAGGCAUCGUAAAAUCAAUUGAUCGUUAUUAUAUAAAUGAUCUAUAAGUGAUAGGGACGUUCGUCCCAAAUAAUAAUUUCUAUCAUUUGUUUGAUGAUAAUAAAUCAUGCAAACUAUUCAGAUAAAAUACAGAAGAAAUGCAAAAUGAAAUUGAUCAAGGAAAAUCGUUGACAUCGAAAAUAUAUAAGGACGUCGAGAAGAAUCCGUCGGAAAAAAGAAAAGAAAGAUAAAAGAGAAGAAAGAGAGGAAAGAAAAAAAAGAAUAAGAAAGAAAGAAAGAAGAGAAUAAAAACGAAAAUAAAGAAGUGAAAUAGAAAAGCUCACGAUGCAGCCCUUGGAAAAUUCUUUCAAUUCUAUAAAUAAUUAUUCUUGGAAUACGUCGUUAUUAUGGUUCGGCAAUUACACCUUCGAUACCUCAAUAUACGAGAACGACAUAAACUCGACGAAUCUUGAAAAAGAAAAUCAAUUCAUACUGCCAUGGUGGAGACAAAUGAUAUGGAGCUUGCUGUUUGCCGGUAUGAUCAUCGUUGCAACCGGUGGAAAUCUAAUAGUCAUAUGGAUUGUCCUUGCGCACAAGAGGAUGCGUACAGUAACCAAUUACUUCUUGGUCAAUCUCAGUAUAGCGGAUGCCAUGGUGUCAACGUUGAACGUUACAUUUAAUUACAUUUACAUGCUCAACAGUCAUUGGCCAUUUGGUACCCUUUACUGUAAGAUUUGCCAGUUCGUCGCAGUACUCACUAUUUGUGCGAGUGUCUUCACUUUGAUGGCUAUCUCGAUCGAUCGGUACAUGGCUAUAGUGAAUCCAUUGAGACCAAGAAUGGGUCGAAGAGCUACUCUUUGCGUCGCUGUGGUCAUUUGGAUCGUCGGCGCCAUUCUUUCUUUUCCAAUGCUGCUCUUUUACACUACCUACACACAAAACUUCGUUAAUGGUGAAGUUCGCGUAAUAUGUUACAGCGUUUGGCCUGACAUAGACGACAAUGGACUUAGCUUUCAGGAAUACCUGUACAACGUAAUCUUUAUGAUCCUAACAUAUUUUCUACCAAUCGGCUCGAUGACUUUCACGUAUGCCAGAGUCGGUGCAGAAUUAUGGGGCUCGCAAAGCAUCGGUGAAGCUACAGCAAGACAAUUGGAAAAUAUUCGAAGUAAACGAAGGGUCGUCAAGAUGAUGAUCGUAGUGGUGGUAAUAUUUGCUGUCUGUUGGUUACCAUUUCACGUGUACUUCAUAAUAACAUCGUACCUGCCAGAGAUCACAAACAAACCUUACAUCCAAGAAGUCUUUCUUGGUAUCUAUUGGCUGGCCAUGUCCAAUAGCAUGUACAAUCCUAUAAUUUAUUGUUGGAUGAAUUCUAGAUUCCGUCGUGGUUUCGCUCAACUUUUUUCAUGGUGUCCAUGGGUGCGGGUCACCCCUGAACCUGCUCUCUCUCGUUCAGAGGCAGUUACAUCACGAUAUAGUUGCACCGGAAGUCCCGAAGCCAACACCAGGAUAUCACGGAACGGCACGGUACGAAUACCGCUGCAUCUACAAUCGACGAGAGGAGAAGGAAAUGAACGAUUUUUGGGACAUCAAAUUCGUGGAAGAAGAUGGAGAAAUACUCAAGAAAGAGGGCUCGUUUCCUGACAAGACCAAGAAAUUACUACUACUACUACUACUACUACUACUAAUCAGCAACAACAGCAACAACACCAUCAACAACAUCAACAAGUGCAUACUUGGAUAUGAAGAGAUUUAUAUCCAUAAAAGUACAUUAGCAUGCACAACUUUUUAAACAGGUUCUAUGUUAUGGCUGAAAACCAAACGUUGGGAGAAUCUUCAUAUCUUCUCAUCCGUCGAUGUAAUAACCUUUUUUCUUCAUACCAUAAUUUAUGUUUAUAUUCUAUUCCUUUUUUUUUAAUAUGUACAUCACACGACGUUAUCAUGCCACGAUUUACAAUGCUAAUUUUUUUUCAAUCACAUUCCCGCUAUUACUUUUUCUUUUCCUCUUUUCUUCUUUUCAUCAACGUUACCGCCGUCUUGUUAAUUCACGCUCGUUGAUUAUGCUUAAAAAAAAGGAAUAAAAGAAAAAAGAAAGAAAAACGGACCAAUGACUAUACAGUUACUAUACUUUCCAUAAGAUUAAAAAUAAAAAAGUCUUUUUCUAAUAUGAAAAUUAAAAAAGAAAAAAAAAGAAAGGCACACAUUGAAAGUUAGUUGAAAAUACAUGAAAAUAUUUGUUGUAACUUUAUCUAUUAAUCUUUUAGAGAGAUGAAAGGAAAUGUUUCAUUAUGUACCUAAUCUGCUUGUUCCUAUCGUACAUACAUAUAUUCAUUAUACUAAUAACCGAACUGAUGUUGAAAGAUACAUACUUGUAAUCGAGCCAAACACAAAUUUCUUCACAAGAUCUAUUAAUAAGAUAAAUCACUUUUUUUCGAUAAAUAAAGCAUAAUUUCCGAGUGAUAUUAGGCAGUUAAUCAUUCAAUGACGAAUUUUUUAUAAAUCAGUUUAAUUAUAAAUUGAUUAUUUUCCCAAUAGAUAUAAGAUAUAUUUUUCUUACUUUUUUAUUUCGAUGUGUAAUCAGAUAAAAAUAAUUAAUUUGAAAUGGAAAAUGUCGAUGGGAAAAAAAAAUAAUUGUAAUUGAAAUUCGACCUAACUUUGUAAUUGUUAAAAAAAAAAGUAAUCUAUAAUUAAAAUAUUACCUUUGUUAAAUUCUUCAUCGACAACAAUUUAAAGUUAUCGAUACUAGUCACACAAACACACGAGAGAUUAAACGAAUAUAAUUAAGAUUCGUAUAAUUAUACUUGAUAAUGUGAAAGAAAUAAUGAUAAUAAAAAAAAAGAAAAAAAAGUAUACUUAUGAAAGAAGCUUUGUUUAGAAAAAAAUUCAGCUAUUAUUACGAAGCUAAAAAAGUACUCUGGGAAAACCAAACGCUUUUUAAGAAUACGAAUGUAAAUAGUUAAUAUUAUUAAUCAUUGUAAUUAAUUGUGUGUAAGGUAAACAAAUUCGAGAUAUGAUCGAGAAUUAUUAAAAAUAAAUUAAUAAAAAAAUAUCCGUUUAAUACCACGAAAAAAAUAUGUGACGAUAUGAUAAUUUCUUUAUUUUUUUCGACGAGUAUCGAUACGAAAUUAAAGAAAGAAAAUAAAAAAAUAAGAACCAUAAAAAAAUCAUUAGAAUUAAAAAUAAUCGAAAAGAUUUUACGUGAUGGACCAUGAACCAAAUAAUUAUUACCAUAAAGAAUGGCAUAUAAAAGAAUUUAAAAAAAUAAAAUGUUUCUACUUGCUGUAUAAUUAAUAUCUAUCGUAACGAAGAUGGAAAAAGAAAAGAAAGAAGGAAGAUCAUUAAUUUAAUAUACCACAUUUGUCGAAUGAAUGAUACCUUUAAAUCAGUACUAUUAGUAUAUAAAAUUACACUACACCUUGUAUGCAUUUCUGAUAAUUAACAGUAACAAAAUAAGAGAUCUCGUGAGAGAAUGAUCGACAAAAAAAUGUGUGAAAUUUUACGUAACAUCCAUAAAUCGUAGAUUUGAUAAUCACCUCUCUCUUUCUCGCCCCCCCCCCCCCCCCUCUCCCUCUCUCCCUCUCC